AAAACUCUCUGUUCUCUACCGUCUCCUCUUCGCCAUCCGCAGCUCAUUCUAGAACAGUCAGGUGAUUUUGCAGAAUCGAAGUCUUCGUUUCCAAUAUCUCUUUGCCAUGUCGGACGAGGAAGUUGUUGACCCAAAGGCAACACUGGAAGUAAGUUGCAAACCUAAGUGUGUAAGGCAACUAAAGGAGUAUCAGGCAUGUACUAAAAGGGUAGAAGGUGAUGAAUCAGGGCACAAACAUUGCACUGGACAGUAUUUUGAUUAUUGGCACUGCAUUGACAAAUGUGUUGCUGCGAAGUUAUUUGACCACCUCAAGUAACAAGGAUAUAAGUUGUUGAUCCCUUGCAAUUUAUCUGUUUUUUUGUUGUUGAACAAGUCAUUACCAUAUUAUUCCUCACUGUGCUGCUGACUUGCAACCCUUUCAAUCAACUUGGUUGCUGCAUGGAAAAUUUUGAACUAUGCACAUCUUAAAAAAAUGAUUAAUAAAUUAUACUCGUGGGUUAAAUU